AACGACGACGAAGAAGAAGCUCAUGACGUCAUCCCAACGGCGCCAAAUCUGCAGCGAACGGAAACAAACGUAACGUGUAAACUACGUUCACCGUCCAAAACAGUCAUGGACCUGAACCCGUUUGACGUCAACAACUCAGUGAGCUGCCGGUUGACCUCCGAGAUCCCAGAAGUCUGCAGGACGGAGGACUGCUGUCUGGGCAUCGACGAGGCAGGCAGGGGGCCUGUGUUGGGGCCUAUGGUGUAUGGGAUAUGUUUCUGUCCAGUUUCCAAAAAGGAGGAUCUAAAAGACUUGAAAGUGGCAGAUUCAAAGACCUUAUCAGAGCCAGAAAGAGAGAAUCUUUUCCAAACAUUAGAUGAGGCCAAAAGUUAUGUUGGCUGGGCUCUGCAGAUUCUCUCACCCAAUACCAUUUCUACCAGCAUGUUACAGAGGACAAAAUACAACCUGAACGCCCUUUCACAUGAUACAGCAAUUGGUCUAGUGCAGUUUGCUUUGGACAGGGGAGUACAGCUGAAGGAGGUUUAUGUGGACACAGUUGGUCCAGCAGAGAAGUACGAGGAGAAACUUUCUAAGCUGUUCCCAGGUAUUAAGGUGACUGUGAGGCCAAAAGCUGACUCCCUCUUCCCCAUUGUCAGUGCAGCCAGUAUCUGUGCGAAAGUUGCUCGGGAUCGAGUUGUGAAAGGCUGGAACUUUGCAGAGGACCUUGGAGAGGUGGACACAGAUUAUGGCUCAGGAUACCCCAAUGACCCAAAGACUAAAGCAUGGCUGCUGAAGUACCUUGACCCAGUAUUUGGUUACCCUCAGUUUGUUCGAUUUAGCUGGAGCACUGCUCAAACCCUGAUGGACAGCAAGGCGGUGUCUGUCCACUGGGAUGACGAUGAAGAAGAUGGAGAGAAGGCAGCGCAGCGGCAGAACAACAGGUCCAUGUUGUCCUACUUUGGUGCAUCAGCUGGAGGGAAUGACCAGAAUGGGACCCACCAGACACACCGCUACUUCACUGAUCGGAGACUGAAGAGUCUCAACACUCUCUAAAGACUUUAUUAUCAUAUAUACUGAAGAUUGUAUGCGCACUGGGGGAUUUUCAUAUGCAGCCAGUAUAUAAACUCAGAAGGACUUUACUAAAGCAUCGCAGACAUGGUUUAUCACCGCUUGUAUCACAAUCUGUCUUUAUCUGUCCUGUUUGUACCUGUUUUUAUACAUAAAUAUAAUUUUUAAAAAUUGU